AUGCGGAACAAUGAGAGCAGUGCAAUUUUACAAAAGAAGUUGCAGCCUAAGUUGAAAGAUCCGAAGAGUUUCACGAUCCCUUACACUAUAGGAAAUUCAUAUUUUGAUAAAGUUUUAUGUGAUUUAGGGGCAAGCAUUAAUCUAAUGCCUCUCUCUGUUUUUAGGAAACUAGGUCUUGGAGAAGCAAAGCCGACCACCAUCUCUCUACAGUUGGCGGACAGAUCUAUUAAAUACCCGAGAGGACUCAUUGAGCACGUAUUGGUGAAAAUGGAUAAGUUCAUGUUCCCGACCGACUUCAUUGUACUCGAUAUGGAGGAGGACAAGGAGAUCCCUUUGAUACUCGGCUGA